UUCAUUGUUAAUGAAGACGAGAAGAGGACUGAACCCGUCUGGUCAGAGGGCUGGGCCUUUCUUCCUGUCUGAGCUGCUGCCUCUGCAGUGUCCUGUGGUAAACAACCAGAGGAAGCUGUGAUCUUGAAGUCAGGAAGAUGAAGCAACUUGUGAUUAUUCUGCUGUGUGCGUUUGUGUUUCCAGAAGGCCAACGGUGCGAGAGCAAUGGCUGUGUCACUUCCUUGAAGCGAGACAUCCUCAAGCUGAUGGUCAAGUGGGAAGAUGCGACCUGUCUCCAGAACCAUCAAGGUCUGCCCCCGAACCUCCUUCAGUCUCUGCCCCGAAGCUGCAUGGAAAUCAAAACAGCACUGGAAGGAGCCACAGAUGGGUUAUAUGACUUGGCCACAGAAGAUGGCGAGGUUUACCAAACCUUCUGCGACAUGACCACGAAUGGAGGCGGUUGGACACUAGUGGCCAGUAUCCACGAGAACAACAUUUAUGGGAAAUGCACCCAGGGAGACCGCUGGUCUAGCCAGCAGGGCAAUGACGUCAAAUGGCCUAAUGGAGAAGGCAACUGGUCCAACAACGCCACCUUCGGGUCAGCAAAGGGCUGCACAAGCGAUGAUUACAAGAACCCUGGCUACUAUGAUCUUGAAGCUCGGGAUUUGGCAAUCUGGCAUGUCCCAAACAACACCCCCAUGAAGGAAUGGAUGGAUGCCGCCAUCUUGAGGUACCACACUGAAAAUGGAUUCUUGGCUGAAGAAGGAGGCAACCUUCUCAGGCUCUACCAGAAAUACCCAGUGACAUAUGGGAUUGGCACCUGUCCAGAUAACAAUGGCCCAGCAGUUCCUGUCAUCUAUGAUACUGGCAAUGUGCAGCAGACGUCUUUCUUCUACUCCCCAAAUGCUCGAUCAAAGAUUGAACCUGGCUUCAUUCAGUUCCGGGUGUUUAAUAACGAGAAAGCUGCCAUGGCUCUGUGUGCUGGGGUUAAAGUCACAGGAUGCGACACAGAAUACACCUGUGUUGGUGGCGGAGGGUAUUUUCCUGAAGGAGCUCCAAGGCAGUGUGGCGACUAUACUGCCUUUGAUUGGAAUGGCUAUGGCGCACACAGUGGCUUUAGUGUCUCCAAAGAGUUACUGGAAUCUGCCAUGCUCCUUUUCUAUCACUAAAGCGAGGAAGGAGAUCAAAGUAAACAUGACAAUCUGUAUGCAAUUUGGCAUGAUUUUAUUUUUUUUCAAGUAACAAGGCAUGUAAUAGAGAAGUCCCACCACCCCCUGGUUCACAUAGUUUGGCUUUUACAACCCUUUAUUUUUUGAUGGGCACUAUCUGAACCCUGUAAUAAAUAAAAAAGAAUGGAUUUAUAUUUUUUGAUGUGACAAUAAUAUUAAAAAAUGAGUGAAUCUUAA